AAUUAAUGAAACAGUGAGUUCUGGACGUGCGGUGGAGAAUGGUGUGCCUCAGGGUACUGUGCUUGGGCCUCUUUUAUUUACACUGUACAUCAAUGGUCUUUUUUCAGUUGUCCCAAAAGAUAGUGUGGUGUGUUUUGCUGAUGACACUUGCAAUAAUUGAAGAUAGCAGUUGGGAGGGAGUCAAAAAUAAAGCUGAGUCAUUAAUAUCAAGGGUAAAAAAUUGGUUUGAUUUCAAUCUGCUAACUUUAAAUACCGACAAAACAAAGUUUAUGUGUUAUGCCAAAAAUAAUUCUGGUCUGCCAGGUUACACUACAUUAAGAAUUCAUAACUUUGAUUGCCAAAAUUACAAUUUUUGCCAGUGUAUCACUAAAAUUGAUUGUGUCAGUAGAGUAAAAUAUUUGGGAGUAUUUUUUGACAACUUACUAAAAUGGAACGUACAUAUUGAUUACAUAAUUGGUAAAAUAUAUCUCGCCAUGAGUUUGCAAAGAGAAUUAAUAGAACACCAAGCAAAUCUAAAGAGCAACAAAGUAACAGAAAGAAGGCCGGCAGUAGAAAAGCUUACCGAUUUGUUAAACAAUGGAAAUAUUAUUCCGUACCUAAACAAAGAAGACCCCUUAUCAUGGAAGGAUUUGCUGGAAGAUUCACAGUAUUCUUUAAAAAUCGAAUGUGAUAAAUUUGCUGAUACUGUUAAUAAAAAAGGUGCCUCAAAAGGCCCUGAUAAGUUUUUAAGUAAUUCUAUUGAACUGGUUGUGCUGAUAGUAAAAGCAGCCUUAAAAGAGGGAGAUGAGAAAAUAAACAUUCCACUAAUAAUAAAAUAUGUAGAUGGGUGCCUGAGGGAAAGAAAUAUGAAAGUAUGUAGGGAUCCUUUUCUGCGGCUAAUAAAAGAAUAUAUAUUGCCUAACCACGGUUGUCUAGGCAGUUUUGAUCCAGAGGAUUUUAUUAUGCUAUUUUCUCUCCUAAAAUCAGAAGUUCUUAAAUGCAAUAAUUCAGAUUCAAACAACGUGAUUAUUUUCACUUGUUUUAAUUUGCUGAUAAAGAACGGUUCUCUGGGGGCAUUUCCUCCCAGUUUUUUGCGAGAACAGUUUCCUUUUUUAACGCAGCUAUGCCAGUCUAUAUCGUCCCUCCAUCCUAGAGCGCAACAAGAAGUUGCAGUGGAAAUUCUUCUGAACUUUUGCAAAUAUACUGCAGAAGAUAACAGGCUGAGUUGUUGCAAAUUAGGAGAAACGGUUUUUUCCACUCUAUUAGAUCUAUACUGUGCCUCAGGACAUGACUCUAUUUUGAAAGUAAAUGUUAUUGAAUUUUUUUUACUGCAAAUGGUCAUUCAUAAUCCAAAUGGGGAAUCUGAAGGGAGUCCUGAAGCAGUAGCGUCCAACUGGCAUGACUGGAGAUCUUGCAUUAAACGAAUGUACAAUAUUCUUCUAGGGGAGGUGUCACAAUAUUUGAAGCAAUGCGUUAAAAAUACUUUGUUCUUCGUUCCUCAUGAACAAACCACUGUGAUAUUAGAUAGUUUUGUUUGUUUGUUUGUUGAAGUCUGUAAACAGUUAUUUAGUGAUUCUGAAUAUCAAUCCUCUAUAUCCGUAUCGUCAGACAGCAGCUUAGAAAUGCACACUCAGAUUCACAAAAAGAGAAAAGUCGCGACCUCUUUAGAAGCUUUUAUCACCGAAAUUGAAGAAACUAAAAGUUGGGUCUGGGUGAAACUUGUGGGCUCCGUUUUAAAAACGUACCCUCAAUUAGUCGUUAAAAAAACUUUCUUGAAUUUGUUGCAAAUUUUACAUACGCUGCAACUUGAAGUGAAAGACAGUGAUACAGUAAGCCAUAUUUAUGAGACCCAGGCGGUUUUAAUUGAUAUUGAAUCUACGUUAGAAAAAGGGUAUGAAGUAGAGAUUGAAACGUUGUGGAAACUGGUUGGAGACUCUACUUUACGGGCGGUAGGCCUAAAUCAACACAUAAAACAGACCCAGAGCCUCCUCCAAAAACUAAUGCACCGUAACAUCGUAAACGUAGAAUCUGUGAUACAAACAUUCUUUUCGGGAGUACUGAUCAUAACCGAACAUCACUUUAAAACAUUACACUUAGUUUUGGAAAACCUUAACUUGUCUCAACUAGAACUAUCAAAGAAGGAAGAGCUGUUUCAUAGUUUACUGAACUCGCAGAACGUUAAGGACUACAGAUGCUUUCUAAAAAACGAUUUCGCCAGCAUCUUGGUUGCUUUAACUUUAAAACAGUGCCCGGAUCUAUCGGAGCCUCGUUUUGAUAAGCGUGAAAUUGCUUAUAAACAUUUGAUAGAUUUAUAUAGUAAAACUCAGUUUAAGAUUCGAGAUAUAGACAAUACAAAAGAUGUUAAGGCAAAGAAAAGCUCGCUUCUAAACAGGAAUUUUAAUACAGAUACAGAAACCUUGCAACUCUUUACACAAAAAUUGGAAUCAUUUGUUGAGGCCUCCGUUAAUGAACCAAUAGAGCGAAUUCUUUGUAUAGUAGGCCUUCUGCACAAUAUUUUAAGCAGUAUGUUGGAUUUCCAAGUGAUACACGAAAGUCAAAUUAAAGAAAAUAUUGUCUUUCAUCUUAUUAUGCAGCUGUUUGGUUUAGGACAAGUUACGUCGCUUGCAAAAUAUAAAAGUCACAGCGACGGGGUCCUGAAAGAAAUCUUAUCGCUGGCCAACGUUUUAGACGAUUUGUUUUCUUUGAAGAAUAACGCGACUUGUGUGGUAAAAGAGGCUUUUCCAAUAGAGUUUCUGAAAGGCUUAAUGGAUAUACUUAAUUUUUUUCAAGAUGUUGUCGGAAAAAAAACUGAACUAGAACACUCAGUUAAAGUAAGCUUAACCAAAGCAUUGUCAAAGUUCUGUCUCGUCUCAAAAACCGCGACUAAGCGUCAGCUUCAAAUCAUGGCGGUUUUCGCUAACCCGGACUAUGAUUUUUCACUGGAUACCGACUAUGAUUUGGCAAUGUCUUUUCUGCAAAACAUACAUCUGGCAAGUCCCGGACUAAUAUCAGAAGAAAUCGUUGAUAAUAUUCUAGAGUGUAUCAGGGAAUUAUGCGCGGCAAAGUACAAGAACUACAAAUGUUCCAUGGACGUUCUAAAAAUCUUAAAAGAUGUUUAUAAGCAUUUUCAAUACCUAAGCCAAAACGAAUGUAAGACGGUGGCCGUGCAACUUUUGCAGCAAUUUUUCCUGCGAUCCGAGUAUUACGGACUCGAUAUAUCCAUCCUGAUCUUAGAUUGUAUUGAAGAACUUUGCAAAGUUGAUCCAGCUUACCAAUACAGCCUUUGGGAUGGCAGGGAAAUCAUUAAAUUCGUGCCGAAAUUCCUGAAAAGUGAUUUUCAAAGAGUCAGAUAUAGAGCCAUAGAGAUCCUAGUGGAAUUUUUCAAAUCAGCCUGUGGUACUACAAGCCUGGAAACUAUUCAUAGGGCGGAGGAGUUACUGGAGCUGACCUAUAAAGCUAACGUUGACCUUUUUGAAGUGGAAGGAGAACUGACAGAAGAAAGGAGGAUAGAUGAAGUUAUUUUUAGAGCUUGUUCGGCUCUCUAUACGUUUUUAUCUGUGAUAAUUGGCUGUAACAGCUGGAUCGAAGAGUCUCUAUUUUGUAUUAUUAAGUUGGAACAUAGCAAAGGACUUUUUAACGUUUUGAAUGGUGAAUUAAUGCAAAAAGUCUUCCGAUGCCUGAAAAACUACUUUAAUUCCGAAGAUUUUAUGGAACCCUACGUCGAAACUCUACUGAACAAGUGGAUCAAUUUGGGCUAUAAUUUAAACGAUUUCCAGUUUAGAAUGCUCGGAUGUUCAGACAAAAAGACCCUAUACGUUAAACAUUUCGACACCUGUUUGCCUCUCUUACUUAAAAUAGACCGCAACGACCUUUUUGCUGCUGCUAAAAGCCUUAAUUUAACCGAAAAGCAAGUAUUUGAGCGCUGCUGUACGAAAAUCUUCGGUCGUGCCUUAGCGACAGAUACCAGAAACGUAGGCGAUAAAUUUAUCGAAAAAAACGUGGUAGUGACGUAUCUGAGCCAAGUGUUGGGAAGUAGAUUUAAAGAAAAUCUAAUAGAAAAUAUCGAUCAAGUGGUGCUGAGUCUACUUGGAGCGGUCACCGAUGAAAAAGCAAUCGAGCAAACCCUCGGAGAGACAAUUUUGUUUACAACUAAACAACUUUCUUUUCAGGAUUUUAAAAAAUGCCUGAACUAUAUUGAGGGCUUCCUAUGUAGCAGUAUGUCCUUAACAGACUUCCUCAUCAACGGAACAGCUAAGAAUAAAAUACAAUUAAUAGCGUUGGAACUCCAAUUAAAAAUCUACAACACUGUUGCUGAACAACGACUGAACGCAUUUUAUCACUAUGCAAUUUUUAUAGAUCUAAUUCUUUCUAGUUUAAAAAGAAACUUGUCCUGGUCAGUGUAUUUCUUAAGGGAUACCAUAUAUUCUCUAAUACAUUUGAUACAAAACACGAAUCUGAGCAAACCGGUCUUGAGAUACCUGUUUUCGUUCCUGAAAAAGAUUUUACCCGAAAGGUGCAAAGAGUUUCAGUCGUUUUUAGUUUUUACAGUUAAUUCUCUAAAGAAAACCUUUUCUGAACAGGAUUCUUUAAAAGGCAUUUGCAUAGAAAUCUUAGAAUACCUCAUAGUUGCGAAUGGGGAACGACUAUUGAUCGGGAUAAAAAAACUCGACAGUUUUCCCUCCUCGCCUGAAUUCGACAAAAUCAGGGCGACGCACCAUAAAAUUAAAUACGACCAGGGACAACUAUCUUUAGAGGACGAAAUAAGGACUUUUUUGGAAUACAACGAAAUGGCCGCGAGACAGGACAGUUUGGACCAUUUAAAAACGAUUUUGUCAAAAGAAAAACCCCAACUUGACAAACUUUAUGUAAAACUGAAAUUAAUGAGGGGCUUUUCGGAGGACUGCGAGAAGAGUUUGCUGCACAGAUUGACUUCGUUGCUAAUAAAAAUGAGCUGUUAUCCGAACGAGAACGUGAGCCAUACAGCUAUAAGGUGUCUGGGAGAAUUGGGACCGGCAGAUUUGAGAACAAUCGUGUUAGAGCCUGAGAAAAGGGCGUUUGAUUACAAAUGUACCCCGUUUGAAUUGCUUACGGGACACGUAUUGUCCUUGUUGGCUCAGUAUAUUGUUGACGGUAACAUUAAGGUGGUGAAGGAAGCUAGCGUAGCCCUGUAUGAAGUUCUGAAGUUUAAGGAGGGUAAAAAAAUUGUUGAUUCUUCUUAUGACUUUGGAUAUGGACCUAUUAAUAAAGAUUUUCUUGUCCCAUAUACGAGUAACUGGGAUAAACCAUCCCAAAUCAGGAUCGACGUUCAGGUUUUAAAAACGUCGAUAAACUCGGACGUAUGGUGCCCAAAAAAGGUCGUCGCGAGCAACGAAUGGAUUACUUCAGUGGUGUUAGCUCUACUAGAUUCUUUUGAUGAUGGUUGUUAUUUGAAAAGUCUAGUGCCUGUAUGCCGAGUGAAGGCAAAGUUUUCAGAGAAUCUGCUACCACUACUCAUAUACUUAAUGCUUUCGAAUAACAAUGGAAUUGUCAUUCAAAUUCUCGCUGCGCAUUUUAACGAGUUCUUUAACCAACAUUGGAAUUUGACCGUAUUAUCGAGCGCCGCCACUGAUCAGAACCUUAUCCCUAUAAACAAAAAAGCCGUGAAGUGUAUGCUGGACGUCAUUAAUUUCAUUAGACAACAACCGAGUGUAUCUAAAAAAUUGGCAAGUCUUAAGCUAAACUACCUGGCCAUAGCGAAAGCGGCCGCUUUUUGCUCCGCGCAUUUCUCCGCACUUUUGUAUGCGGAAUUAUGGUGUCAGGAACAGAUGGACGAUUUCGAGAAACAAAAAACCAAAAAUAAAAUCGCCUUCGAAAACGGCCAUUCGGUUUUAGAUUUUAUUUAUGAGUCCGUGGAUAAGGAGGUUGCCAUUCCUUUGCAGCAAAUAUUACAGACUGCUUAUAAUUCUAUAGGUGACUUAGACGCGUUAUCGGGCUGCGGAAUGCCACUAUUACUACGGCCUGAGCGCAGGGUCGAAUACUAUAAAAAUAUCGGACAUUGGGAUUACGUCAUGAACUACUACACGAUGCAUCCCAUAGAAAAUUCCGAGUCGAGCCGACAAAAUUUAAUCGAAAGCUUCAAGAUGAAUCAGCUGUACCAGUUGCCGCUGUUGUUUGACAGUUUGUCCAAAGAACCGGAGUAUGAAUGUUUAUGGAGGAUGGGACAGUGGAAUUUAUUUAAGAGGGAUAGUAACAAAACUUGUCAGAGAUCUUCAGACCAGUACAGCAAAUAUCAGUUCGCCUCAUUAAAGGCCCUAUGUGAAAACGACCAUUACACGUUCGAAACGUCGAAGACUGAAUUGAGCAAUUGCGUUAUAAAUAAUUUAAAACAUACCAGUCUGGAAAGCAGUAAAAAUAUCUAUCCGAUUUCGUCACAGCUGCAAUCGCUGGUCGAGUUGGAAGACAGCUUUAAAGCAAUAAAAUCUGGCAAUUUUGAGGAUGUACUCGCCAAAUGGCAGAAUCAGGACGUUAUUAUAAGAAAGAACGACUUUCAAUUUGUUGAACCGAUUGCAGCUCAAAGAAUGACUAUUUUGGGGGAGUACGUGAAAAGGGAGCCCAGAUUUUUGAAGCAAUAUUUCGAUUUGGUUUUAGAUUUUGCAGAUUAUGCCAAAGAAGAAUUGCAUAUCCGAGUCGCGGAAAAUGCCAUCAUCAACAUAAGGAAGUUGCCUAAUUUAGAUCGAACGAUUGAGCACGAGCUACAGUUUAGGGAAGCCCAAUUAGCUUGGCUGAACAAGGAUAAAAUGAUUGCUCAGCAACUUUUAAGAAAUUUGAGUAAAGAUGAAAGUAUUACGCCCAGAUUGAAAGCUGGCUGUCUGAAACUUCAAGGCAUCUACAUGGCGGAAAUGUAUUCGGAUAGAACGUCGAUUUUAAACAGCUUCAACUCCUCCAUCCAAAUAUACAAACGGAUCCAGAACAGCUUGACCCCUGAAGAUAUAAAAAACCUCGAAGACACUUAUGACAAGAUUGCAACGUUUGCUGACAGGGAAUACCAACAAAUCAUGAGUUAUAUAAAGUCGGACCUUUUCCAAAAGAAACUGUCAAACAUAAAGAGUUGCAAAGAAAUGGCGCAGGCGCUGAACGACCAGAAACGAAAAAAGAGUGACGACGAACGAAAAGCCCAAAUAAUACAUCAAAAGCAGAUUAGAAUUGACGAAAAUGAAGUGAAUAUUACGUUGAAGGAUAAGGAUUUGGUUUUGCUGCAAGCAGUAAAAUAUUACAUCAAGAACCUGUCCACCUCAGACCUGAACAACAUUAAAAUAUUCAGAGUAAUGGCCUUGUUCCUCGAUAACCGCGAUAACAAGAAUUUGCUCGACUACCUAAAAAGCAUGGUUCAAGGAAUUCCGACCUACAAAUACAUCACCAUGUUACCCCAACUUAUCCCUCACAUAUCUACGAGUUUCCAUGACAUAUUUGGCCAACAAAUUAAUCAAAUUAUAGAAAAAUGCGCUGUUGAUCAUCCACAUCAUACGCUACCCUUAUUGUUAGCUUUAGUUAAUGCCAAUAAAGAUAGGGAAUAUACGAAUCCCAAAGCAAAAAUAUCCCAAAAUGAGAGAAGCACAAUUGCCCUAAGUCUGAUCAAGAAACUUAAGAACCGAAACGGGUUAAACGUACUCAUUGAUAAAAUGCUGAGGGUAGCCGAAGCCUUGAUUGAAUUGGCAUAUUUUGUUGACACAAGCCACUCGGGAAAUUCUCGAAAAACCGAAUUUAAUAUACCUUCGAAGUUAAAAAUUCAUAAAAUAAAGGAUUAUAGUGAUAUUUUGGUGCCUACGAUUUCGUUGCCCGUUAGCAAGACAAAUGAUUAUAAUCACAUAAUUGGUAUUUCAAAGUUCUCAAACAAAUACAAAACCGUGGGAGGCAUCAAUGCACCUAAACGAAUAGAAUGUCUCUGCACUAACGGUAAGAGCCAUUACCAGCUAGUGAAAGGUCAGGAUGACUUGAGACAGGACGCCGUCAUGCAGCAAGUGUUCACAAUAAUGACCGACCUACUAUCUACCAAUAAGCAAACCAAGGAUUUGCUGAUCAGAACAUAUAAAAUCGUACCGUUGUCCAUGCGAAGUGGGAUAUUGGAGUGGGUCGCCAAUAGUAUGCCUAUAGGAGAUUACCUAACUGGUAGCAAGGAUAUUGAAUAUAUGGGCGCCCAUAGGGAGUUUAGGCCUCAGGACAAAACGCCUAAUGAAUGCCGAACGAAAUUUAAGAAUUGUUCAGACAAAUCCGUUGAAACGAAGCUCGAAGUUUUCAACUCAAUCUGUUCCGAAUUUAAACCAGUUUUCCAUAAGUUUUUUGAAACCCACUUCAGGCAACCUUCGGUGUGGUACGAGAGAAAGAGGGCUUAUAUACACAGCGUCGCUACAACUAGUAUGUGUGGCUAUAUCCUUGGUAUUGGAGAUCGACAUGUUAGUAAUAUUCUUAUUGACAAGCAAACUGCCGAGGUUAUACAUAUCGAUUUUGGAAUUGCUUUCGAACAAGGGAAGGUCCUCCCUACGCCCGAAACGGUGCCUUUUCGCUUGACAAGAGAUAUCGUCGACGGCAUGGGUGUUUCGGGCACCGAGGGUCUCUUCAGGAAAUCAUGCGAAAAGACUAUGGAAGUACUCAGAUCAAAUUCCCAAACAAUAUUAACAAUCUUGGAAGUGUUGCUGUACGAUCCGUUGUACUUUUGGACGGUGUCUGCGGCAGAAGCGAAUAAACGUCAAACCGAAGAGGAUUAUUAUAAUAAAGAGACCGAAGAGUCCGAGGAUGAAAACAAAAAUGUUUCGGCUCAGCGAGCCCUUCUACGACUGCGCGGCAAGCUACAGGGUACCGAAGAAGGGAAACCCACGAGUGUGGAACAACAGGUCGGCACUUUGAUACAGCAAGCGAUGGAUCCUGCCAACUUGUGCAGGCUGUUUAACGGUUGGCAGCCAUACAUUUAAAAUAGUUCGUAAGAUUACUUGAUUAUAAAAGUUACCUGCUUAAAUGUUUAGUUACUGAAAUAUUUGAGAUAAUAUUACUCAUUCCAAGCUAACACAGUUGUCUAAGAAGAAAAACCUUACUGUUAAAUCUAUUUUUGAUAACAUAGCUUAUGUUAUUAUUAUAUUUUUUUACUUACCAAUGUGCAUUGGACAGUUUUGUUAGUGUUAAUUAAAAGAUGUUUUUUUGUCAGUACCAAAA